AUGGCUUCAACAGAGCACCGCACAAAUCCUGAAGGACAGAAAUAUUGUCUCGAUGAGCCAGGAGACACUUUCGAGCAAGCCUCCGCCAGGGCUAAUACGACAGAACACGGUCUUGACCCGCCACCACAGCCAACCAUCUCCCUACGAUACCGGAAGCGCGCUAUUUAUCUCCUCCUCUUCUAUGUCCCCCCUACUGGUAAUCCCGUGGAUUCUCACCUGCGUGCUCGCGGGCCCACCGGCGCCAAAUGGGGGAAUGUGGUCACUGUCCCGGUAACAUCGGCACUUCUCGCGCAGGCGGCGGUGGUGUACACGCAAAAGCGCAAGAUCAACCAAAAGCUCAGUUUGCGUCAGACCUUCGUCCUGGCGGAUCGCCGAUGGUCCGAUGCAACUGUCCUUGUUGAAGCAGCUAUGAAAGCGGGAAAGGGAAUUGGAAGUCGUUUCUUAUGGCUGGCAAUGGCCCUUAUCGUUCUCAGCGCUGCUCAACACCCAAUCCAGCAACUCCUCGUAUCCUGGCAGUCGGUUCCCGUCAUGACCUGUCUUGACGACCCUGUUCCGUCAUGCACAUCGACGGCCCCAAUCGUGCUUGGUUACGACCCCAAACCGGCGGACUUGGCCACAAUCCGCCAGAACCGGGUCGUCCAAGAAGUCAUGUCCAGCCUAGCAACAUUUAACGAACUUGACUUCGAAACACACCUGUGGCCCGAUCCUUCGUACAUGACCAACGAACUAGACCUCGCAGUGGACCCAAAGUAUAGACAGACGUUGUACUACUGGACAGAACCAAGAUCAGAUAACUUCGCCGAUGCGACGGACAAACCAGCCAACUUCUUUGUCACUGCGCUCCAGAACGGGACCAUGACGGGGGUCCUCCGGGAGCAUGCCAUUAGGCUCAAUUCGUCUGCAGUGUGCGAAAAGAUUCCACGGGCACGGUUCCCUUCGACCUGUCUCGGGAAACGUCCGUUUCAGACCUCGUUCUCCAGCAGUCGGCUAGACAUACGGGUGUGCGCUCCGGGAGAGUACUGGGUAUCUCCCUGGACGUUGAGUCGCAAUCGGCAAGACAUCAGCGAGGAGUUGUUCUUAGACGUGAUUGACCGCAGAGAGAUAGGGUCCUCCAUUGCCAGUUUCACGCUUCACUGCACCACAUCAACCACACGGGGCUAUUUUGAGCUGGCAAACUACAUGAACUCCCAAAUAUAUGGGCCUCUGCUGGAGAAAUGGCCAGAUGCCGAGACAAUGUCGCAGAAUUUCAAUGACGAAUUAAGCCCAUCCGCGGGCAUCGGUGGUGGGCCCCCAACCGAACAGGACGAGACCAAAGGUUACCACUCCUACCACUUGAAUCUGUGGACAAGAGAACCCGCCGACCCGUACGGCACAGGCAUGUUAAACAUGUCCGGUCCCCUCAUGACAUCAGCCAUCGCCCUCUUCGGCAACCAGUCCUUUUUCGAGGUUGCCGCCAACUCGUCUAACCAGACAUUCCCACCGGCAGUGCAGCAGAUCUGCCAGCAGGGCCGGCUUCCCUUCUCCAACCUGGCCUUUACAAUAUUCGGGAACUUCCAGUCUGACUGUUCCAAAAUCGCCACCGACCGCUCAUUUUCGUCGGGAUUCGCCGAUCCCGAGGAAAAGCUGGCGGGCUUGAUUGGGGACUGGUUUUCCUCGUUUAACAAUACGAAUUCAGCAGAGAUGGCUCUGCUCGCCAGCAUGUACGUCUCCAACCGAGUUAUGCUCACCCGAACCGUGACAGCAUCGUUUUCUUUCUCGGCGCGCAAAAUCUGGUUCGGUGCUGGAAUGCUAGUGCCUUUACCUCUGAAGACUCUUGCGGGUACGGUGGUGGUUAGCAUCUUGAUUUUUCUGCAGCUUCUGGGGCUUGCUGCCUUGACAUACUAUAUCUACCGGCUGCCUACAUGGACGCAUGCCCUGGACGCCGUGGCAGUUGCUCAGCUCAGCAUCGGACUGAAGGACUCUGUAGCGAGAGAAUUGGGAAACGGAUAUGAAAUAAAUGAGAACAAAUUAAAUAAAGUUGACGGGUUGGUGGGCUUGGACGAAGAUAGGGCCAAGGUGGCACUGGGUAGUCCUGGAGUGAUUACUCGGGGACAUGCAAUGAAACCGAAGAAAGGGAAUGGAGAGUAA